AUAAAAGAAACAAAUGUGAUUAAUUUGCAUAUCGAUGCAAUCAAAGCGUUAACCAAUCACAGGAUUUUACAAGAUAUAAAAGGAUGGGCGAGGAGACGUUCUUCACUCUCAUCUUUCUUGCUUUAGUCACUUGCUAGUAGAACUAAUUACAGGAUAAUUCAAAAAUGGAAAUGAUCAUCUUCAAGAGAAUCUACGAAAUUCCUGUGGUGAAAGCUUCAGUAGAUUGUAUGUCUACUAUGUAUUCUAGCAUAAAAGAAUCCCGAGCCGUACCUGAAACCGCUUUAACAACUAUUGAAGAAACUCUUGCUAAUCUUCUAAACAAGACUAAAGUUUACUCCGAACAACUAAAAGAUGAAAUCGCUUCCGUUGAUAACUAUGCUGUUCAAGUUCUCGACAAAAUCGAAACGAAGGCUCCUUUCAUCAUGAAACAACCCAACGAGCUAUUAGCAGAUAUCCGUAACUUAUAUUCCGAAAUUUCGUCUAAGAAAGGCUUCUCUAUCAUGAAAGACCUAGUUUCUGUGCAGUUCCUGUGUGCCACUACCGUAGCUUCAUCUCUUACUAGUAAAACUACUAAAGCUGUUAUGGAUCAACUUGAAUUUGCCAUGACUUACUUCACAAACAAGCUUUCCUCCUACCUACCUCAAGGUGAUGCUGCAACCGUAUCUAAGGACGAAGCUCUCAGGUUAAAAGAAAUUGCCGACUUCGUUCAGGAGAAAAUGUCUAAAAUAUACGAGGUAGUCCAAAGAACUCUGCGCACUCAGGAAACUGAAUCUGGAAGUGAGACAAAAAGCGAGAACUGAAACUUCUACUACUAUGAUUUGAUUUCUGUUAUGUAUUUCUGAAUUUCAAUAAAUCGUCUUUAAAGCCUUA